UUUUUGCACCUAUGAAAUGGGUGUACAUUGUGCAUAAUGCGCAUGCCCCGCAGCUGCGAGUUCAGAGUGAAGUUCAACCCCUCGUUACUACCAACGUUCAAGAGAAUAGGGCGAACGUUCUAUCGAUCGCCACGCGUCAACCCGCCGCCGCCUCGCCGCCUCGCCGCCUUGCCGACAUGCUAUAAUAACAACUGUUGAAAUAGUUAUCUGUAUCAAGAUACAACUGUAUCGACAGACAGCGAGAACAGAAAUCAACUAGAAACAUGGAGACGAGCGCCGCACCUAGCUGCGGGCUGCUGGAGUGGGAGCUGUCGCUGUCUGCCGAGCAGCUCAUCUCGCACGGCUGGUACCACGGCGCGCUCGGCCGUGGCGCGGCGGAGGCGCUCCUGCGGCACGACCGGCAGUUCCUGGUGCGCGACUCGUCCUCGCAGCCCGACAACUACGUGCUCAGCUGCCGGUCUAACGGACAACACCUACACUUCGUUAUACAGAGGAUUGUGGUGCAUCCCGAAACAGUUUAUGAAAGAUUUCAAUAUCAAUUUGAAGACGAAGCGUACGACACUGUGGCAGACCUCAUCACCUCGUACGUGGGGUCCGGAAAGCCAAUCUCCGCCGCGUCAGGGGCAAGAAUACAGUACCCAGCGAAUCGGGCAGUUCCUUUGUCCAACAUAUCUACCGACGACUGUGGCAACGUGGCUUCUCCUAACGGGGACAACGAUUACGGAAACGCAUACAGUGUUUAUAGCCAUUUCGUAGCUAAGCCUGGAACCCAAUUGAGAGUGCCUUUCAAGAAGCAGCGAUCUCAUUCUUUGACUCCGAUAGAUAUGACGCAGCACGUGACGCACGGGAAGAGCGCCAGCGCCGACGGAGUCAUCCAGAGCCAGACAAGUAAAUACCCUAAAAUAUUUUCAAGCGAGUCGAACUCGGGGUCGAACACUUGGGACGCGAACUUGCCGACCAGCCCUCCAGCGAAGCCCGCUCGCUACGAUGGGCCGAAAGCCGACGACAGAAGACCGGAGCCGCACAGACUCUACCACGUCUCCGGGUCCGAUUCAGGAAACGGAUCCGGCGAUUCGACCCAGAGUUCCGCUCACAGCGAUCCAAAUAAAUCGAGAAAUGACUCUGACUACAACCCGGCUAACACCCCGACGAUCAAACAACAAUUCGAUUACGAUUUAACAGAAGCAAAGUUGUUGCAGCUAGAAAAUCUGGACUAUACAGUCGAGUCGAGAAUCAAUUUGGAAAUUUUUCAGUCUCAAAUCAUAGCAGCGUCUCUAACGAAACCUUUAGAGUCAGAGACUUUGCACACGAUCAAACUGUUGCUGCGAACAUCGGGUCCUCGAAUUUUGGCAAACCAUCUCACGAAAAUAGAUCUUCACUUUCUGUUCGAUGACUCUAUACAAAUAGAAAGGCUGAAUAAAACAGCGUCAGGAAUAGAACUUUGUUUUCUUCCUCAGGGACGCAUGUUACGUUUAGAUGUCAUUGAAAGGGUCGAAACCUUUCGUCUUCUCGUAGCCGUGACCGUUCUCACUUGUCAGACGGACAGACAGAGAGCCGACACUAUAAACGACUGGAUACUCCUAGCUAUCGAAACUAAAACGGCGCUAGGAAACUUGUAUGGUUUCUCUGCAAUCAUGUUCGGCCUAUGCAUGCCUCAAGUGGAGCGGUUGGAGAACGCCUGGAACGUUCUGAGACGAGUGUACACCGACAAUGCGUUCAUGUUCGAGGCGAAGCUUCGGCCGUGCUUCAAGAGCAUGAACGAAGGGACGUAUCCGCUGCCGCCUAACACCACCGCUCCGUACGUGGUGCCGUCCGUAUUGUGCUUCCAUUUGUUCGAUGGAGAAGGCGGAGGCCUAUUGCGACCGGACGAGACGUUCCCGAGCAGUCUCGUAAGCAGCUUGGAGUUCGACUUCGAUGCCACAGCGGCCCACCUGGAGGCGGCGCGACAAUUUCCUCGGCAAAUAGAGACGUUCAGACGCAACGCGCGUACCGUCGUGCAAGAGAUGUCUUCGCUCGGUCCGAUGUUGGAUCCGACACUGCUGGAGUUGUUUAGGACAGAGUUCCACAUAAGCUUCCUGUGGGGUGAAAGGGGCGCCCUAACAGGACCCAACCAGAGGUUCUCGAGGCUGGCAGACAUCCUCAGCACAAUGGCCGCGAGACUGGCGAGCCAGCCGCCGGACGGCGACGACGCUGUUUGAGAUAUUUGUGAAUACAAUAACAAGUGAAUGUCUAUCUCGAAAGAGCUACAAAAGUGACCCUUUUUUAUAACAAUUAGCAAACCCUGUGUUAAAUUUAUAUUACGCAGUAGACUGUCGUCAUGUAUCAUUUGUAAAAUUUCCAACAUAAGAUUGUAUAGUGAGGUCGCUAGCUCGCUACUCGGUGUUCGCUGAUACGAGUAUGUAUGUCAGUAUGUGGCUAGUAUUGUGCGUUUAUAUUAUUUACUAGUGCGGUUUAAAUAAAGUUACAAACGUUUUUGUUUUGACAGAACUCAUAUAUUUUGUUGUACCUACGACGGUUCCUACAUAGAACUUUAAACCUGACGCUUUAGGUCCUACCUACUAGACGUUAUGUCGGAAAAAUCGGCUUCGAAAUGCAAAUGAACCGGGAAAACUGAAUUUUGGAUUUAAGGUAAACUAGAAAGUUGCAUAAAAAACUCUUCAAAUUCUUGACCAAGAUUUCCCAUGUGUCAAUUUCUGCCAUCAUAUAAAGUGUUCAUCAAUAAAUUUUAUCCAAUACUUUUUUUUUGCUGUUUAUAUAUUCUCUUUAAUUAAAGCCGUAUUAGAGGCGGAUUUACAUUUGUCUGACGUGCCGUGUUGUGGCGCACCAGAACAGAAUCGACAUCAUACAUUUUAUAUGGCAACGUUAACACCCAUGUGUUGUGACAUGUCGUAAUGGCUUCUGAUGUGCCGCAUACAAAAUCUAUGAAACAGAUUCUGUUCUGAUGCGUCACAAGUCACAACACGACACGUCAGACAAAUGUAAAUCCGACAUAACGCUCUACAUCGUUCACGUGUCGCUCAUCGUUAUUGAGAUAUCGAUAGAAAAAUAAAAAAAAAUGAAGUUACCGAGUUUUUUUUUUAUUUUUUCACCAUUGGCUGUGGUGCAAAUUGGUGUCGCCAACCCCAUUCCUGAGGAGAUUGAUGUAUUCGCCGACGAAUGAAAUCGACGCUUCUCCUAUUGCUGUGGUUACAAUGAGGGUAUUAGCAUCCACAAAAACCUGCACUACUGGACUAGGUACCUACUGUAGUACGGAGAGGUUGUUAUGAGUUUGGGUGAGAGGAUGUUUGUACAAACGAAUGUCGCCACAUCUACAAAACUACUAGUCCGAUUUCAAUGCGGUUUUCAGUGAUAGGUUCAGAUUUGAUUGGUGCAUGUUCUUAAAGAGGAGGUCACUAGGGCGGCGCUGCAGGAAGUUUGUGCAAAACCGAAUGUACUACCGUUACACCCCCCAUUCGGUUUUGCAUUUUGUAUAUUAUUAUAGGCCUUUUGUAGGGACUUCCAAAAGGCCUAUGUCUUACAGUGGACGUCCAUCGGCUGAUAUGAUGAUGAUGAUGAUGAUGAUGAUGAUAUUAAUAUAAUAGUUACUAUAUAUUACAG